AUGAAAUUAAAAAUAGGAAAAUUCUUUAAUAAAGAAAUUCCGAUUUCAGCCAAUACAACAUCCGCACCAGGAGUGACGACGACUACGACGCCCUCUGGCUCCGUGACCCCGACCACGACCCGAACCACAACUCCGGAUCCAACCACAACCUCGGCAUCGACCACAACCACGCCGUCUGGAGAGACGACGACGACGACCAGCACGACCACACCGCCGACGACAACUAGUGACCCGAACACCACCACUACACCUCCAGGACCAACUUCCACAUCCACCUCCACUUCCACUACAACCACAACCACCACGACCACAACCACGGGGCCCACGACCACCAGGACCACAACCACUGGCGGUCCGGGUGGCACCACUGUCAACCCGACCGAACCUCCGAGGACUGUUAUGCCAGGCACAGCGGGCGACUUCCGGUGCCUGCCGGCGCAGCUGAAGUGUCCCGACGUGAACUACGGACCGAACGGCGAGAGCGUGUACUUGCCGUCGACGGUGUGCGAGGGAUUCUGCCAGUGCGACUGGCAGGGCGUGGCUCACUUCAUCGACUGCCCUCCCGGCACCUUGUUCAAUGCCAUCCUGUUGGUGUGCGACCUGCCCAUCUCGGCCAACUGCCAACUCUGAACUGAAAUUCUAACACUUUUAGUGCUUUAAUCUAUUAGUAAAUUAUUAACUACCUUUUGAAAAUUUUCACUUUCUUGUGUAUUUUGGCAGUCAGUCGUGUCUCAAAGAAUAAAAAAACGCGUCUAAUGCGAA